AUGACUGCAGAGCCAAAACAGCCCACUGUGGAAGAAGCCUCUUUACAAGAGGAUUCUACACUUUCCAAGCCAGUGGUGGGGAUUGUUUACCCUCCUCCAGCAGUCAGAAAUAUUGUGGAGAAGACUGCAAGCUUUGUGGCCAGAAAUGGGCCUGAAUUUGUAGGGAGGAUACGACAAAAUGAGAACAACUGCCCUAAGUUCAACUUUCUGAACCCCAACGAUCCUUAUCACACCUACUACUGCCACAAGGUCAGCGAGUUCAAGGAUGGAAAGGCUCAGGAGCCCUCGGCUGCCAUCCCCAAGGUCAUGCAGCAGCAGCAACAGGCCACCCAGCAGCAACUGCCCCAGAAGGUCCAAGCCCAGGUGAUCCAAGAGACUACUGAACCCAAAGAACCCCCUCCCAAGUUUGAGUUCAUUGCUGACCCCCCUUCCAUCUCUGCCUUCGACCUGGAUGUGGUGAAGCUGACGGCUCAAUUUGUGGCCAGAAAUGGGCGUCAGUUUCUGAUAAAACUGUUGCAGAAAGAACAGUGCAACUACCAGUUUGACUUUCUCCGCCCACAGCACAGUAUUUUUGACUAUUUCAUGAAGUUGGUGGAACAGUAUACCAAGAUCGUGAUUCCACCUAAAGACUUAUUUGAAAAGCUGAAGAAAGAGGCUGAAAACCCCCAUGAAGUUUUGCAAAAGGUGUGCUACCGAGUGGAAUGGGCUAAGUUCCAGGAGCGUGAGAGGAAGAAGGAAGAGGAGGAGAAAGAAAAGGAGCGGGUAGCCUAUUCUCAGAUUGACUGGCAUGGCUUUGUGGUUGUGGAAACAGUGGACUUCCAACCCAGUGAGCAAGGGAACUUCUCUCCCUCAACCACGCCAGAGGAGCUGGGUGCCCAAAUCCUUAUCCAGGAGCGCUAUGAGACGUUUGGGGAGAGUGAGGAGGUGGAGAUGAAAGUUGAGUCUGAUGAGGAGGAUGGCAAACAGGGGAAAGCAGAGGAGCCUCCUUCCCAGCUGGACCAGGACACCCAAGUGCAAGACAUGGAUGAGGGUUCAGAAGAUGAAGGGCAGAAGGUGCCCCCACCCCCAGAGACAACCAUGCGUCCGCCUGUGCCCCUAGCUCUCAAGUCCCUGCCUCCAGCCACUGGUCCAGAUAAAUAUCUUAUGUCCCCCAUCACUGGAGAGAGGAUCCUUGCCAGCAAAAUGCAGGAACACAUGCGCAUUAGGCUUCUCGACCCCCAGUGGCUGGAGCAGUAGGAUCAUUCCAUUCAUCAGAAGCAGAGUGAUGAUGAGGUGUAUGCACCAGGUCUAGAUAUUAAGAUCAGCUUGAAGCAAUUGGCUGAGUGGCAUACUGACAUCUUUGGUGUAGAAGAAACUGCCAUUGGGAAGAAGAUUGGUGAGGAGGAGAUCCAAAAGCCAAAGGAAAAGGUGACCUGGGAUGGCCACUUGGGCAGCAUGGCCUGGACUCAGCAGGCUGCCCAGGCAAACAUCACUUUCCAGGAGCAGAUUGAGGCCAUCCAUAAGGCCAAGGGCCUGGUGCUAGAAGAUGACACCAAAGAGAAGGUUGGUCCCAGUAAGCCCAGUGAAAUCCCCCAGCAGCCACUGCCUCCGUCUUUAGCCACCAACAUCCUCAGCUCAGCCCCACCCAUCUCAAUGACCCAACCACCCACAAUGCUGCCUCCUGACCAUACUACAGUUGUCUCUGCAGUACCCAUCAUGCCCCACCCCCCAAUGGCAUCUCUGGUCCAGCUGCCUCCUGGCUCAGUGACUGCCCCUAUGCCACCCAUUAUCCACACACCCAAGAUCAACAUGGUGCUCAUACCUCCCUUUGCCCCUCCUAUCAUGGCACCCUGCCCACCCCCAAUGAUUGUGCCAACACCCUUUGUGCCUGUUCCACCCGUGGCAACUGUCCCAGCUCUGGCCCCAAUGGCCCCUAUUCAUCCCCCACCUCCCAUGGAGGAUGAGCCUGCCUCUAAGAAACUGAAGACAGAAGACAGCCUCAUGCCUGAGAAAGAGUUCCUGCAUAGGAACAAGGGUCCAGUGUCUAUCAAAGUCCAGGUACCCAACAUGCAGGAUAAGACAGAAUGGAAACUGAAGGGAUAGGUGCUGGUCUUCACCCUCCCGCUCACAGACCAGGUCUCUGUCAUUAAGGAGAAGAUUCAGGAAGCCACAGGCAUGCCUGCAGGGAAACAGAAACUGCAGUAUGAGGGCAUCUUCAUCAAGGAUCCCAACUCGCUGGCUUACUACAAUACAGCCAGUGGUGCGAUCCUCCAUCUGGCCCUCAGGGAGAGAGGCGGGAGGAAGAAGUAG